AUGCACAAGACGCGGCUUGAUGAUCAGCAUCAAGUCAGUCAACAAGACACAACCUCUGUCGAUAUUCACAGGAACAACAUUUUGGAGGCCCAAACUCUAAUUAAAGCCUCCAUGUCAAACUGCUACACCGCAUGUCCUCACAAACGGCCAACAGUCAAUGUGAAGCGCCCGUUGCAAAACUCCCACAAUCAACCAUCAUCAAACAUGACGCAACAACAUCAGUUUAUCCUCAUCUCGCCAACCUCAAUAACCCACAAUUUGCAUUUCUCCAUCACCGCCCUUCACUCAGCCUUGGCCAUCGGACUAGUUGACCCAGAACAAGCCAAGAUCGGCAUCUGUUCUGCCCCAACCAGCCACACGGACCCUUAUGCCCUGCCGCAAGGGACAAUCAGACUCUGA